CGCGCAUUCGCGUAGGCACUUCUGCUUUCCCGUUUGCUCGUCUUUCAAUGUAGUCUCCUACUUGGGACCUGCUCACUCCCGUCCUCUCUUCAACACAUCGACCGGCAUCAUGCCGUCUCAACAAGCAGCCGAUACGAUUCGCAUACUUGUGGCCACUGACAACCAUGUCGGCUACAAUGAACGCGAUCCCGUUCGUGGCAACGAUAGCUGGCAGACUUUCGACGAAAUCAUGCAGCUCGCCAAGACUCGCGACGUCGAUAUGGUUCUCCUCGCAGGUGACCUUUUCCAUGAGAACAAGCCCUCUCGACAAGCCAUGUACCAAGUCAUGCGAAGUUUACGCGAGAACUGCUUCGGUGACAAGCCGUGCGAGCUGCAGAUGCUGAGCGACAGCAGCGAACACUUUGCUGGUGCCUUCAAUCACGUCAACUACGAUGACGAGAACAUCAAUGUGGCCAUACCAGUCUUUUCAAUCCACGGCAAUCACGACGACCCUUCUGGCGAAGGGCACCUUGCCGCUCUUGACAUCCUUCAAGCUGCGGGAUUGCUAAACUACUACGGAAGAACACCAGAAUCAGACAACAUACAUAUCAAGCCGGUCCUGCUUCAAAAAGGGCAAACCAAACUUGCUCUGUACGGCAUGAGCAACGUUCGUGACGAGCGACUCUUUCGGACAUUCCGAGACGAGCAGGUCAAGUUCUACCAACCAUCGCGACAAACAGGAGACUGGUUCAACAUCAUGAGCGUGCAUCAGAAUCACCAUGCAUACACUGAGACGUCAUAUCUGCCUGAACGAUUCAUCCCAAGCUUCAUGGAUCUGGUCAUUUGGGGCCACGAACACGAGUGCAAGAUUGAGCCUGAAGAGAAUCCGGAGAUGGGCUUCAAGGUCAUGCAGCCUGGCUCGUCAGUGGCAACGUCACUCGUCAAAGGCGAAGCCGUUCCCAAACACGUUGCCAUUGUGAGCGUAACUGGGCAGGAGUACGAAACCGAAUCUAUCAGAUUGAAGACCGUGCGGCCUUUCAUCGUCAAGGAGAUUGCAUUGAAGGACUAUCCCGAAGCGUGCGAAAUUGCCAUGUCUAACAAAGCCGACAAACGUGGUGAAGUGUCCAAAUUUCUCGCCAAGAUCGUCUACGAGCUCAUUGAGGAGGCGAAGCAGGAGUGGUAUGAGAUUCAAGACGAAGGAGAUGUGGAUGAGGAGGAUGAGCCUCCAAAGCCAAUUGUCCGGCUUCGGGUCGAGACAACACCACCUGAAGGUGGGACAUUCGACGUUGACAACCCACAGCGCUUCUCUGGACGUUUCGCAGACGUAGUUGCGAAUGCUACAGAUGUGGUACAGUAUCAUCGCAAACGCACGGCUAUCGGCCGGAAGAAGGUGGAUGCUGAUGUACCCAACAUCGACGAUCAGCAGUUCGUCAACAAGAGCGGGGCCAUCGACACGGCUGGGGUGCAUAAACUGGUCAAAGAGUACUUAGGUAUUCAAUCUCUGAGCAUUCUCCCCCAGAACACCUUCAGCGAGGCCGUCUCUCAAUUUGUGGACAAGGACGACAAAUUUGCAAUGCACGAAUUCGUUGAUGAAUACCUGAAGAAGCAACAAGAUGCUCUGAUGGAGACUCAAGGGGACCGCGAGGGCGGCGAGCUGAUGGACGAUGACUUGAUGGAGGCGACCCUCGAGAAAAACCGCCAGAUCCUUGAAGAAGCGCACGAUAAGGGCGAGCGUAAGACGAAGAAUUGGAAGGCAACUCGAAACCCCCGGCCAGAUGACUGGGAUAGCGAUGAGCAAGGGCAAUCUUGGGAGGACUCUAUCUUGUCGUGGAUUGGUCCUGAAGGAGCCGAAGGUCAGGAGGACAAUGACGACGACGACGAUGCCGCGAGCGUUGCGUCAAGUGCUCGUCCCGCAAGAGGGCGAGGCAGUCGGGGCGGCAGAGGUGGCAAAGCUGCGGGUGGUACAACCCGUAAGACUACCGCUGCUGCAGCCAAGAAAGCCCCAGCAAAGACAACGACAGCGGCUCGUGGCAAGAAGAAGCCGGUAUCGGAUGACGAAGAUGUGAUUAUGCUCGACGAUGACGAUGAUGAGGCGGAUAACGACAGUCUGCUCUUUGUGAGCCAGGCUUCGCGCACGCAGCGCUCGGCCAGUCCACCGAAGAAAGCCCCAGCACGUGCAACAACUCGCGGCAGAGGCCGAGGCGGAGCGGCGGCAAGCAGAGUGAAUGGCACACAGCAAACGCUGAGCUUCGGCACGCAGCCAAAGACCACGGCGAGGGCGAAUGGCACAGCCAAGCCGGCAGCGUCGAAGCGCCGUGAGCCUAGCGAUGACGAGAUCAGCGACGACGAUGCCUUUGAGACACCGCCCGCUGCACAGAGGAGUACGAGGACGGGCAGGAGGUGAUGACAGCGGGCCUGGUCGUUUGAGGGACACAAAUACAGAGGAGAACGGACUGGUUUUUGCAUUGCUCACAUUUUAGCGUAGCACAGCGUGGCGCGGGGC